AUGACUACGGGUGUGCGUGUAUGCGAGGAUAGCAGUGAGAGUGUGUGCGUCUGUAUGACUACGGGUGUGCGUGUAUGUGAGGAUAGGAAAUGUGACGAGUUCGAAAAGAUGCUGGAUGAUGACGUAACUCUGCGACACUUCACUGAUUGGAUGGAUAAAGUUGUAGAAACUUUCGUCAUUAAGCCCACCAAAAGUCAUCCUGAUAAAAUAAUCAACUCGACCCGGAAGUUCUUGCUGACCUGGUCAACAUUCACGUCAAAGGUCAUCCGGGACUUGACCAUUGGUAGCGCACCAAGCUUUGGAUCGUUCCAUAUCCUUCAUCUGAUGUUAGAGCAGUAUCUUCUCCACAAGACUGAUCUCAUCCAGCUUGAAGCCAGGAUGAAUGCUACUCUUGCAAUGAUACGUGAAGACUGUUGCCAAGGUAGACACCCUUACGUUGAAUCAUAA